AUGGCCGUUAGCCGAUUGUCCAUCGUGAAGUUCCUGGAGUUGGCACUCGCCAUCACCUGCGUGAUCUUGCACUACAAAAGCCUUGGCGAGCGGGAUGACAUCACGAAGCUGCUCGCCGCCGGUACCUUCGUCGGGUACAGCGUGAUUCUGAUCGCCCUGUUCGCUGGCUACAUGCUGAGCAACCCGAUCAACAAGAAGCUGGACCUGUUCUUCAGCCUGAUCGGUUGCGCCAUGUUCAUCGCGUCCGGCGUGCUGAUUCUGAAGGAGUGGGAAAACUCCUGGAACACCGACACGAAAAAGAUCGCCAUCUCGAAGGGUUCGCUGGCGGUCACCAACGGUGUGCUGUUCUUCUUCGACGCCAUCUUUACACUGCGCGACUAA